UCGACAACUGCGAGAGAGGAAUCGGAAUCGAAAGUACCCCCGUUGCAACAUGCCCGCCGCCGCUUUUGGCGAAGGCCGCAGCGCGCUCACCACCGCACGCUAGGAGUGGAGCAGCUCGCCCACCUCCUCCACCACCUCCUCAUCUUCAACCCCCGCCGUCGCCUCCUUCCCCUCUGUCUCCUCGCUCGCGGCUGGGAGUUGGUGCUCGGCAGGAGGGAGCGGACGAACGGGCGUGGGGGGGGGGAGAAGAAGACGCGGCCUCGGAUAGAAGUUCCCGCCGGGUCUUGGUGAGGGGACGCAGGCAUGGCGGAGGAGCUGCUGAUGAAGUCACGCUUCGUGAGCGAGGCGGCGCUCGAGGAGAAGCGGAAACAGCGGCAGAGCGAGUGGGAGAGAGUGCGGCAGCCAGAGGACCCCGUCGAGUGCCCCGAGGAGGAGUACGACGCUCGCUCGCUCUUCGAGCGACUGCAGGAGCAGAAGGACAAGAAGCAAGCGGAGUACGACGAGCAGUUCAAGUUCAAGAACAUGGUGCGUGGUCUGGAGACGGACGAGGUGGACUUCCUCAGCGAGGUGUCGAAGCAGCAGGAGCUCUUGGACCGGCGUAGAAUCAUCGAGGACCGUCGCGCCAUCCUGGAGUACCGUGACGCGGUGGUGCGGAGGGCGUCCGCCCUGGAGAAGGAGUUGCCAGAUCGCAGUGACAAGAGGGCGAUGGCGGUGGCGGUGACGGCGGCAGCGGCGGCACCGGCGGCACCGGCGGAGGCGAAGUUGAAACCGAAGCCGCGGCCGUCGCAGACGCAGCUCCUGGCAGGUGCCGUCAAACGCAGGAGCAGCAGCAGCAGCAACAGCACAGACGAGAUGACCGUCCCUAAGAGACCACGAGGAGGUGAAGGCGUUGCCACAGACUCCCCGGCCACCACGGCGUCGAGGGAGCUCGCAGGUGUGGCGGUGGUGGGGAGGGGCGGCCCAGCGGCGGUGGUGGUGGGGGGUAGCCCGGCGGUGGUGGUGGUGGGGGGUAACAAGACCGUGGCCGUGCUGCCUGGACUCGGUGCGUACACUGAGAGCAGCGAUGAGGACUCCAGUGAUGACGGUGGUGGUGGUGACGGUGGUGGUGAUGGUGGUGGUGGCGGUGGUGGCGGUGGUGACGGUGGUGACGAUGAGGACAGGGGCACAACCGGGCGGGAAGAUUUGUGAGCACCUCACCGUGGGGUCCACCUUGUCAGGGAGAACACCUCAACGAGGAGGUCAGCUCAUCGAGGAGACCACCUCGCCGAGGAGACCACCUCGCCGAGGAGACCACCUCGCCGAGGAGACCAUCUCGCCGAGGAGACCACCUCGCCGAGGAGACCACCUCGCCGAGGAGACCCCACCUCGCCGAGGAGACCAUCGAGUUACCGUUGACACCACCUCAUUGAGGAGGGGGCCGUCUCAUGCCUCGUCAACGCUUCACCAUCUUAUUGUCGAGUCCACCUCGUUGCGGGGGAGACGACCACCUCAUCAAGGAGGGGGCCCCACCCCUUACGACGACGAGGAUGAGGAGGAUGAGGAGGAUGAGGAGGAGGAUGAGGAGGAUGAGGAGGAUGAGGAGGAGGAGGAGGUGUGUGGCUCGCGUCUCGUCGGUGGGGUCAAGGAGACUGUGGACGAGUUGGCUGGCCGGCAUUUUGGACGAAUUUACUUUCUGUCACCCGCUGUCCCCUCUCCCACUCUCUCUCUCUCGCUGUGUCCGUGGGGGCACGUGUGAUCAUCGGCCUGCCCCCCACGCGCCGAUCCGUUUGUAAUUAAACUCAACGAGCGCUGUAA